CUAGAGUGAAGCUGAACAGGGAAGUGAGUCAGGGAUGGGGUUACGAGCGCUACUGCUUUCGCCAAGCGUGAGGAGGAAGUGGCAGCACAUACACAGGUAGAUACAGUUAAAAGCAAACGCAGCGCAGUGAAGGCGACCGAGGACGAACAUGUCAGAUGGAGCAAAGCUGCUGUUUGAAGGCUUCUUAGAGAAAAGAAAGGACACUCUGAAGAUGAGGUGGACGACCUACUGGUUCAGGCUUCAGAAUUCAACUCUGUUCUUCUACACACAGAAGAACGGCAGCGCUUCACACUUAAGAGGCUAUUACUACAUCUAUUCAGUGCAGUCCGUGCGAGAGGUCCAAAAGGCCAGCGGCAGUCGCUACAUGUUUGAGAUGAUUCUGAAAAAUGGAAAGCAAAAACUGUUGGCGGCGGAGACGGCGGCGCUCAGACAGGAGUGGGUGGGACACCUGUGGCAGGCCAUGCUGCUCUCCACCUCCGUGGUCCCACGCCCCGACGCGUGCGAGCCGCGCGACAGGAACAGCAGCGUGCCCGCGCGCGCGCUCGGCGACAGCGCGAUGGAGACGCUCCCCGCGCGGCCCCUGUCGGCCCCCGCGCCGCUGGACCGCAUCCGCGAGGAGAGCUGGGCGUCCGCGUACGCGGAGCUGAGCGCCGGCGAGGAGCCCACGCGCCGAAACACGCCGCUCCACCAGGCAAACAGCGACCGCGUCCACGCGCUGCCGUGGUUCGGGGAGCUGAGCAGCACCGAGUGCAGCCAGGACGGAGACUACGACGUGUUGCCACGUAGAAAGCGUACGCAGCAGCCGCCUGGACAUGACGCAUGGGGUGAGCUGCUAGUUGAAUUCCCUGUGUGUGUCACCUCCUCAGACACGGACGAGGCAGACGCUACGGAAGCAGACGAGGUCGUGUACGACUACCCUCUGUCCUACAGGAUGAACAUCAGGCAUCAAGAGGAAACGGAGAGCAUCUACGACGUCCCGAGGUCUCUUCUGCGGCUGCACGUCCCCGCAGGCAGCGCCGCAGCGGAGGAGGAUGAGCCUCAAGAGGGAAUCUACUGGAGGGUCUGAAGCCGGAGGAGGAUUUCAGCCAAGCGACAGCUGACAACUAGCGCUUAAACCACAUGUACUGUAUAUUUGCACACGAUGUUGCUUUUUAAUUUCUGCAUCUCCUGGAUUAAGCAACAAUUAUUUAUGCUUUAACAAAUGUGAACAAUGUUUGUUAAGCUUUUCUGAACACAAAUCUUGUACAGCAACAACACGA